AUGGACUACGAGAUGGACCUCGAGCCCACAGGGCCCCAAGUAACUGUCCGCGAAGCGGAACCUUACCGUGUCGACUUCAGAUUGACCGCAGUGGACCUCGCAUUCGCCAACUCCCUCCGCCGCACCAUUCUCGCCGAGGUGCCCACCCUCGCACUCGAUCUCAUCGAAAUUGAAAGCAACACCUCUGUUCUCCCUGAUGAAUUCCUCGCACACCGCCUCGGCAUGAUCCCCUUGAAUUCGUACAACUGCGACCAGGAUCUGGAUUACACACGAGACUGCGACUGUGAAGACCACUGUGUGCGCUGCAGCGUGACGCUGUCACUGCAUGCGCGUUGUGGCAGCGGCAUAAUGUCUGUCUAUGCGCGAGACUUGAUCGUUGUGGGCGAGCGGAUCAACGAGAAGAUCGGUGACCCGGUUACCACUGACCCCGAGAACAAGGGACCGUUGAUUUGCAAGCUGCGCAAGGGUCAGGAGAUUAAGAUGACUUGUCUGGCAAAGAAAGGAACUGCCAAAGAGCAUGCGAAAUGGGCACCCACUGCGGCCGUCGGGUUUGAAUAUGACCCCAACAACAACUUGCGUCAUGUGGACUACUGGUAUGAGCAGGACGCGGCGAAGGAAUGGCCUGUCUCUGAGAACGCUGCCUGGGAACCAGUCGCGAACCCCGACCAGCCCUUUGAUUACGAUGCCGAGCCCAAUUGCUUCUACCUGGAUGUAGAGAGCAUUGGUAAUCUCGAACCCGAUACAAUCAUUCAGCAGGGUAUUGUCUCUCUCCAGCGCAAGCUCGCAGCUACUGUGUCUGUCCUGCUGGGUGAAGGUGAGGGUGGCAAUGGACACGCCGAAGAUGCUGACAUGAUGGGUGCCAAUGACCCUGAUGCAUACGAGCCGCCCGAGGGUAUCGAUGGCAACAUGACUUCAUACGGGAACGGUGCCGCCAGUGCUUGGGGUGCCAGCGCGCAGACACCGUACGGUGCUACGCCUUAUGGCCAGAGCAGCUAUGGGUUCUAA